AUGGAUGCAAACAAUGGGAUUUAUCCUAUUGCAUGGGCAGUAGUAUGUGUGGAGAAUAAGGAAAAUUGGAGGUGGUUUUUGGAUUUACUCAUUGAUGACUUAGGAAUUAAUUUGGGCUAUGGAUACAGUGUAAUAUCUGAUCAACACAAGAAGGCAUGUAAAGCAACAACAGAGGUAGAUUUUAAGGUUGCCAUGAAAGAGCUUGAAGUGCUAGACCCAAGUGCUCAUCAGUAUCUGAUGGAUAAAGACCCCAAAACAUGGUCAAGGGACUACUUCCAACCAGGAAGAUGUUGUGAUGCUGUGAAGAAUGGAAUGUCAGAAAGUUUUAAUGUUGUGAUUGUUGAUGCUAGGAAGAAACCAAUUAUCACCAUGCUAGAGGAGUUGAGGAUGUAUAUGAUGGAGAGGGUGUUCAAGAAGAAAUGCAAGGAUGCUUAUGAAGUGGAUCUUGAAGAAAGAACUUGCUCAUGCAGGCUUUGGCAGCUUAAUGGAAUCGGUUGUGUACAUUCUGUUGCAGCUAUUAGUUUUAUGAAUAGGGAUGUAGAGUCAUAUGUGGACAAAAAAUUUAGUAGCAACACUUAUAUGAAGGCAUACAAGUUUAGGCUAGCACCUAUGAAUGGAAGUAAUUUGUGGCCUACAACUGAUUACACCCCACCUUUACCUCCUGUUCGUAGAGCUAUGUCUGGGAGACCUGCAACUAAAAGGAAAAGGGAUGCAACAGAAACCCCAAACCAGUCAAGUAAAAAAUCAAAGACAACUACCCAAACACAAAACAAAGGUAAGGAGCAGGUGAAGGUAUCCAAGGCUGGGAAAAAACAAAAAUGUAGCCUUUGUAAGAUUGAAGGACACAACAAAAGAGCUUGUACUUUAACAAGGCCUCCUAAAAGGAAAGUUAAAAGAAAAACCAAACAAGGUGUAGCUGAAGCUCUCAAUGAGGAUGAUGAAGGUAAUCAAUCUAAGGCAUUCAAUGAUGGAGGAGCAGUAAAUGAUGGUGGAGAAGCAUUCAAUGAGAUGCAUGUGCAACAAAACUAUGAUGAGGUGGAACUCACACCUUUGGAGUUUGAUGUAUCAGCUAAUGGAGAACCUAGUCAGGUUCAUGUGCAAGAACAGGAGGCUAGAGAAACACCACUUGCAACCCUGUUGAAGAAAAUCAAGAGGAAGAAAUCUGAAAGGAUUAUCAAGUUGAAACUGGGCAAGAAAGUUGGUGGUGCAGAUGCACCUGUGAAUUCAGAAGCUAAACUUGUUACUCUAGAAUAA